AUGAGGCUAGAGCGCGGCCGGCGGGCUUCUCUAGCACUCACCCUCAACUUUGUGGCGUUUGCGUUUGCCUUAUCAGCAGUGACCACCAGCUACUGGUGUGAGGGGACCAGAAAGGUAGUCAAGCCCUUCUGCACAGGGCCACCGGUGAAGGUCAAGCAGUGGUUCUGCAUCCGUUUCAACAGCUCCAACAUCAACGACACACGACUGGUCCAGUACAUCUGGGAGACGGGGGAGGAGAAGUUUCUCAUGAGGAAAUUUCACACGGGGAUCUUCUUCUCCUGCGAGCAGGCCGCUGACAUGAACGGGUUCGACUGUAGAGACUUCUCUGAGAUUGCGCCUGAACACGAGCGAGGGGUCCUGUGGUUGUGUAUAGUGGCGGAGAGUCUGUACCUCACCCUGCUGUUCACAGGCGGGGCUCUCAUGACCCUGGAGCAGUGCCCCUGCUUUAGUGUCAUGAACAAGCUAAAGCUCAACGCCUUCGCUGCCUUGUGCACCGCCUUGUCAGGCCUUUGUGGGAUGGUGGCCCACAUGAUGUUCACCACCAUAUUCCAGUUGGCUGUAGCGAUGGGGCCAGAGGACUGGAGACCCAAGACCUGGGACUACAGUUGGUCUUAUGCCUUGGCAUGGAGCUCCUUCGGCACCUGCAUGGGUUCUGCAGUGACGGCGUUGAACAGGUAUACCAAGACCAUCAUAGAGUUCAAAUACAAGCGGCGGAACAUCGAGAAGAACCUGCGGAUCAAGCAGAAGAUGAUGGAGCUGGAUCUCCCGGAACAGAUGUGGGACAUGUACUUGACUACCGCGCCCGCCGACCCCGAGGCACCCUUACAACUACCGGUCAAUGGGCACAAACCGCCAAGUGGCACGGCCUACGUGGUCGACAUGAAUGGCGCACCGGAUCAGCAGGGAGAGGAGUAUUGCUAA